CAUCUCUUUCAACUAUUUUUUGCUAAUUUUAUAAUCUACAUCAUGACUAUUGGCGUUCCUAUUAAACUUCUUCAUGAAGCACAAGGUCACAUUAUUUCUUUAGAAUUAAAGACAGGACAACUUUACCGUGGAAAAUUAUUAGAAGCCGAAGAUAACAUGAACAUUCAAUUAAGAGAUAUUACAGUUACUGCACGUGAUGGAAGAGUUUCACAAUUGGAUCAAGUUUAUAUUCGUGGAUCUCACGUCCGAUUCUUCAUUGUACCCGAUAUGUUAAAGAAUGCCCCCAUGUUCAAGGGAGCUGGUCCUGGUGGACUCAAGGGUAGAGGCAUUGGUUUGGGCAGAGGAAGAGCUACUGUCGCCCGUGCUCAACAAGCAAGAGGAAGAGGUGGCCGUGGUGGAUUCAGAGGUCGUGGUGGUCCCCCACCUAGAUUUUAAACUCGUUUUGAUUCUGAUUGAGAAGAAGAAGAGCCCCCUUAUAUACAACGAAUGUGAAAGACUAAACAAAACUAAAACAAUACAUUUUAUAAAAUAUACAAAAGGAUGCUUUCUUUUUUAACCUUUUUUUUUAAAAAAAAAAAAA